AUGGACAAUAGUUUUUCACCUGAGCUAGCAGAUACAGAACUUUAUGAUUUCUUAGUGAAUGCACCAAAAAAAUUUAGAGAGAAUGAGAGGAUAAAAAAAUUUCAAUUAAAGAAUGGGGAUUUUAUUCACUGUGUUUUAUGGAAUUAUCACUUUUAUAUUACAGGUACAGACAUAGUAAAGAUAUUAAUUUACAGGUUUCAAAUAGAGAAUAGACUAAUACCAACCUUAAAAAAAUUUGAGGAGGGUAUAUUUAGUGAUUUAAGAAAUCUGAAACCUGGAAUUGAUGCAACACUAGAAGAACCAAGAUCAGAAUUUUUAGAAUUCCUCUAUAAGAAUGGAUGUAUAAGAACACAAAAGAAACAAAAAGUAUUCUUUUGGUAUAGUGUCCCCCAUGAUGUAUUAUUUUGUGAUGCAGUAGAAAGAGACUUAAGAAGAGAGAACCAAUCACAAAUGUUAUACUUCCACUCAAAUAGAGGUUAUAAUAAUGGUGUUAAUGGUAAUGGAGAGGUGCGUAAGAGAACAAGGAAGAUUACGUUUGACAGUGGAUUUAAAUCAUUUGAUAAGUCAAGAAAUAAAGAUUCACUCAGACAGACCUUAUUUGGUGAUUUUUCAGAGCCAGAAACUUAUCAAGGUACACCACAGGCACCCAAGAGAAAAGUGAUUCCAAAAUUCACUAACAAAACAAAUUUCAAUAAUGAUAGUGGUCUAUCUAACAUAAUAAGUUCACGUAAUAAGAUUAAUCAACAGGGACAAGAUUAUCUUAAUUUUUACAACACACCAUUCUAUAACUUUCAACAACAUAAUGUAUUCUCCACACUUGGAUCAGAUCUUAACUAUGAUGGGAUGAAUAUUAAUGACAAUAAUGCACAAGUAUCAAUGAUCUCUAAACCAGAAGAUAAAAAAGUCAAAAAUAAAGAAAUAGCAGAUCUUGAGAUAUUAAUUGAUUCUCAUCUUUCAGAACCGGAAUUUUUACUUAAAAAUGAUGAUCACGAAUCUGAUCAAUAA